AAAUCCCCAAAAUAAUUCAAUACAAAUAUAAAAAAAAAACAAACAUCUACAAAACCUAUAAACAAAUAGUAAAAUACUUGUGAACUUUUCUACAAAUGUUUUUGGUACUUUAAAACCAAACAACAUUUGAUGUUGUUGUUGUCACUGCAGUGGUUGUUGUGGCUGCUGCUGUUGCAGUUGUUGUGUAUUUCUGUGAAACACUUAAAAAGAAACAAAAUUGUUGACAAAAUAUUGUCGAAAUAAAACAAGAAAAACUCUGGCAUUGCUGCUCGCUGAUCUUAAUAUUGUUGCUGUCGUUAUUGUUGCUGUUGUUGCUGUUGUUGCUGCUGACGCAUUGCUUGAUGAGGGCGCUUAAAUGAGGGCGCGUCUAAAAUAAUUCCACAGAAUAUGAUUUACAUGCUAUAUACAUAUGUAUAUGUAUUAUAAUAUAGUACAACUUUGAUAAUGCAUGUAGCAACAACAGCAGCAACAUUAAUAGUUACUAAGGCAAAAGGGCAACCAAAGUUGCAACGCCUGAAAAUAGGCAACAGCAACAUCAGAACACGGCUUCAUGUUUUCAUGUUUUUUGCAUCUUUUUUUCUGUGUGAGUGUGUGUGUGUGUGCAUGAUGUGGUAUUGUGUGUAUAGUUGUGUGUGCGUGUGUUUGUGCGUAGUUGUCAAAUCAGAAACAUAAAAGAGUUGCUGUCUAGAGUGAUAAGAGCAGCAGCAACACACAUUACAAUUUUCAAAUUAUUGAACUGAGAAAUAGCAGCAAAUCAAAGCAAUCACACUUGCAACACGCAACCCGCACAAUCAAUCGCGUCAACUUGGCGCCACAGCGGCAACAACAGCGGCGACAACAGCACCAGCAACAACAUCAGCGCCAUCAGCUGUUGGCGUCAUCGAUACUAAGAGCACUUUAUACUUUAUAGGGGCUCGUCAGCAGUAGCAACAGCAACAGAAAAUGCAACAGCAAUAGUUUAAGUAAUAGUGACAGCAACAGCCACUGAAAUAAGAGCAACAGCAGCAUCAACAUUAACAAUAAUUGUAUUUACAACAGCAGCAACAGCAACUGCAAUAACAGUUUGAAAAGCGGGAUCAACAACAGCAUCAACAACCACAUUUACCAGCAACGAAUCUGCAGGAUUAAACACAAAAAAUAGCAAUUGCAACAAUUGAUUGCAUGAACAGCAGCAGCAACUGCCUUAACAGCAACAGAAGCAUUAACAUAAAUAGUAACAGCAGCAACUGCAACUGCAACUGCAACUGCAACUGUAGCAAACUGCAAGAGCAGCAGCAGCAGCAGCAGCAACAGCGACAGCGACAGCGCCGACGAGAGCAGCAACAUCGAUUGCAACUGCGAGUGCAAGUGAAAUUGCCGCAACUGCGUCGGCAAGCAACGCAGAAUGGUCACAUCGUCGGCAUCGCCAACAGGAACGGGAACGGGCUGGUCGGCACCUGGGGACUACAAGAGCGCCAACACAGCGGUCACAGCGGCAACGGCUGCUGCUGCCACUGGGAUCAUGUGCGAAGUGUUGCCGUCGAGCAGCGCCAGCGUUGGUAGCAGUUCGCCAACGGGAGGUGCCAGCAAUGGCACCGCCAAUAGUGCGCACAGUGGCAGCAAUAAGAAUAGCAACAGCAACAGUAUCAACAACAACAAUAACAACAACAACAACAGCAACAAUAACAAUGCAGUGCAUCAGGAUCUGCUUUGGAUGGAACGAUUUGUGCUGGAAAGACAACAGGAAUUUCCAGGCGAGUUGGUGCGAACGAGCAAUCCAUAUUUCCUAUGCUCAGCUCUGCCCUCCCAUUGGCGUUCAAAUAAAACGCUGCCGAUGGCAUUUAAAGUUGUCGCUCUAGCGGAUGUCGGAGAUGGAACUUAUGUCACCAUACGAGCGGGAAAUGAUGAAAACUGUUGCGCCGAAUUGCGCAAUUACACAGCACAGAUGAAGAGCGGCGUUGCCAAAUUCAACGAUCUGCGCUUCGUCGGACGCAGCGGAAGAGGGAAAAGUUUUACGCUAACAAUUACCGUUGCAACAAGUCCGCCACAGGUGGCUACCUACGCCAAAGCCAUCAAAGUGACCGUUGACGGUCCAAGGGAACCGCGCUCCAAAACGAGUCCUCCAGGUGCGCAACCAUAUCGAGCACUGGGUCUCGGCCAACGGCCAUUCAUAGAUGGUUUUCCCAAAACUUUUCACGAACUGGAAACGCUGCGACGAUCGGCAAAAGUGGCGGCAGCGACAACAGCAGCGGCUGCGGCGGCAUCGACUGUGGCAUCGGUGGCAACAGCAGGCAAUGGGUUGACAACGAGUGCACAGCAAUUGGAGAGCAAUUAUUCGUCGUCAAAUAGUACAAUAAAUUCAGAUUGCCAGAUCUAUAAGCCAAACGCGCCACAAAUUCAAGAGUCCGAUAUGAUAGGCGCAGCCGAGUGGACAGGCUCAAGUGGGUCCGCUGGCAAUGUUGCGUAUCCCGUUGGAGUUGGCGUUGGCGUUGGCGUUGGAGUCGGUGUUGGAGUUGGAGUUGCCGGAGUGCCGUAUCAUCAUGCCCAUCACAGUCACUCGCAUUCGCAUUCGCACACCCAUUCGCACUCACACUCGCACUCGCAUUCACAUUCGGCGGCGCAUCAUCAUCAUGCGCACCACUUGCAGCAUCAAGUGGCCUUGCCACCGCCACCGCCACCGCCGGCCGCAGCGCCCGUCGCUGUGCCGGUGGUGAAUGCGACGGCCAUGAAUCAUUAUGGCAGCGCCAUGGGUGGCUAUGACACAACCACACUGGACGCCGCUGGCAAUUAUCACAUAUCGACCGUGCUCCCCGAUAUGCACGGCUUUACCACCGACCCCUAUCAGACGGCCACCUCCGCCGGCUAUGGGGGUGUCGGUGUCGGAGUUGGAGUUGGAGUUGGAGGCGGUGGCGGCGGUGGCAUUGGCAACAAAUCGGAUCUGGAUUCGAUCAGCUAUGGCGCAACGCCAGCGGCUGCGUAUAAUAAUGCCGCUGCCUGGUCGAAUGGCUACAACAACUAUCAAUACGGCAGCUGUUCGGCGGCAACGGCGGCGGCGGCUCAAUAUGCGGGCGCCGGUGGGCAUGGCAGUGCACCGCCACCGCCGCCGCCAGUGGUGCUCUAUCCGCAACUCUACUCGACGGUCAAUCAGAAUCAAAUCCAUCUGCAUCUGCAUAGCAGCGAGAAGCUGGAGCAAUAUCUGGCCACCGAUCAGCAGCUGACAAUAAGCUCAUUAGCUGGCAAUCGUUCGGGCAUUGAGAUUGGUCUCGGCGGCGGCGGAGGUGGCGGAGGCGGAGGCGGUAAUAAUGGUGGCAUUGCUUUGGGCUCGGAUCAGGAGCAGCAGGCGGCGGCUGUUGCCAUUGCGGAGCAGGCGGCCGAAGGUGCCGCCUCGCAGAACUAUCAUUUGCAUCAUCAUCACCAUCAUCACGACUCGCAGCGGCAGGCGGAAGCUCAACAGCAGCAGCAGCAGCAGCAGCAGCAGCAUCAGAGCGAAGUCAACAGCGAUGCGGCGAGGGACGAAGAUGUCACUGAUCUCACCCAGGUCUGGCGUCCCUAUUGACCCAAUCUCAUAUCGCGCGCACUUCUGCACAUAGAACUGAACUAGAAUUAAAAAACAACAAACAAACAACAAGCAAAACAGAAUACUCUCCUCCCUCUGUCGCGUACACUUUUU